AGAGAACGCCUUCAGGAGGUACGGGGCGGAUUCCUUUGAACUUGUGGAUUUUGGAAAAUUCUCGCGGGGGUUGCAGUUAAGCGCGAUCGCAACUAUAAUCUAUAACGGAACGCGAGGGACCAAAAAAAAACCACGAAUAAAAAUCAAAUAACAAUUAAACUGGUUUUUGGCUUUUUUUUCUUUAUUUUUUUCUUCUAAUAUUCAAAGUGAUACUGCGACUGGGUAACUCUCUUUCGACGAUGCGAAGGAAAUUCUCGAUGCGUUAUUUAUAUGGCAUAAAGACAAAGUUAAUAUAAAUUACAAAUAGUCUUGGACGUGUUAAUGAGUGCAGUGUUUGUUUUUGAUCGGUGAAUUGAAGAGAAUUAAAAAAAAGUCUGUGAAUAUGAACUUUAUAUAUAUACUCGAGGAAACGAAUGCAUUUAUUAACAAACAAAACAAAAAAAAAACUGAAAAGAAAACCAUAAAAAAUAACACAAAAUGAAAAAGAAUUAUUAUUGUAUAUUGUUAUUGUAAGAAUUCUUUGUUAAGUCGUCGAACCCAAAUAGAAGUUAGAACUUGUACAGGGAGAUGGAAAGAGAAAGAAAAAGAAAAAGAAAAAGAAAAAGAGAGAAAAAGAGAGAGAAAUUAACGAUGGACGACGGAGUGGUAAAGUAACCGAGGUUCGCUAUCACGACGGUAAACUCGUGUCGAUGACAUAGAAAUAAAUAAUCCUACGAUAGAGUGGACUUAGCUCGCGACGUAGAAAUUAUAUUAAUAAUUGACCUCGAUCGUAGCGUUUAUAUACAUGGAUACCAUGGAGAAGAAUAUUAUAAAAUUCCUGUAUUACAUGCUGCAGUCGUAAUAUUAUACGUAUUAUUAUACCGAUGUCUUGCACCAAGAUAUUAAAGGUCGUUGACGGAUCUAGAGGCACAUUUUUUUAACGCUCGCUUCGACGAGCAAUCCUACCGUGCGAAUUUCUUAUCUGUUUUUUAUUUGCAUUUUUUCUAUGUGAAUUUUGAUUUAUUGUCCGCUUGUUCGAAACUGUCGAGAGUUGAUAAUCUCGUUUUUAUUUCCUUUUAUUUUUUAUAUUUUUUGUAUUCAUUAUAUCAGAGAGUGAAAGCAGAGGUACAGAGCGACGUUGUUCGUUAGAGAAAGAUGUAUUCUGAAAUCCGAAGCGAGCAGAGCGAAAACGAAAGAAAGUAAAUCGACUUGUGCGGUUCGAAUGAAAACAGCUUGAAACCUCGGAUUCAGAAAUUCCUAAAGAUUAAAAAGAAAUAAAAGAGGACGCGAUUUCGAGACCAAACAGGGAUGCUGGACGGGACCAUAGGGCAAUUCCAGAGCUCCCUAAGGUCGCUUAAUUUAUCAGUAAACGGCCAAAGAGAAAAAUAAAUAAAGUCAUUAACUCGAUGCAUAAAUUCAUGAUACAAUUUUAUAUGAUUGAAGGUGCAAUUUUUUAAUAUUUCUUCAUAGUUCAUAUCCAAUUAGGUUUUUAUCGGUAAAUCGUGUCGCUUGAACGUCAGCUGUAUUUUAUCACAUUUUUUCUUCACAUUUUUCAAAAGUCUUUUUGACUUGGGAAAUGUGUCAGUCGAGCUCAUUACCUUCCUUUUUUUCUUCGGUUGAUGUCUGUUUUUCUUUCUCUUUAUCUUACUUUCUCUUCUUCUUUUUUUUUUUAAAUCAAUAAUCAAAUUCUAUAUGAAUCCAACUAUGCUAACGUAGAAAUUUCUUGCAAUAACAUAAGCGUAUAAGGAUUAAGAUUUUUUCAUUGUAUGAAAUUGCUAAUUAAUUCCUCUUUGAUGUACAUAUUGUAUUAAAUGAUGCAACUGCCCCCAUUCCCCUGCCCUCCCCGUCGACCCUGCCGACCGCCCUUUGUAGAAUACAUGAUUAUACAUAUACAUAUAGUAAUAGUAGAAAUAAGUAAGAACAUACAAGUACGGAAGAAAAUUAAUGAAAUAUUAAAAAUAUAAGUAAAUAGAAACAAAGAGCUUGCAAAAAUAAAGAACGAAAAAAAAAAACAAUGUUUGCAAGUCCCACUAGACUGAAGCUUGUGUACUAAAUCGCGUCCGAUCGAAGCAACGCACUAUUUUCGACCAAAUCGAAUAGAAGAAACAAAACGAAAAGAAAAUGAAAAUUCAAUUGAAAUUUCAGUUCGUCAGUUGUGUUCGAGUGGUGUUAAAAGUUGCUGUCGAUACGGAGGCGAUCGCAAGUUGACAAAAAGUGAAAUUUUUAAUAAAAUGAAAGAUUAAAAAAAAUACUGAAAAUAAUAACCCGCUACCCGGAUCAAUGUAUUUUAUUGUAAAAAAUAAUAAUAAUAAUAAUAAUAAUAAUAAUAAAUAUUGCAGACUUCGAUUUUUGUAGAGAAAAAAAAUUGCAUAACUUGCUAAACUAUCUCUUAGACAAUUAAUUAUAAUAUUAAUUAAUUAUUAUUGAAAACGAUAAGGAGGUUACGAAAUUAUUCUGUAAGGUAUAUAAUGAUGAAACAAAACAAAAAAUUGAAAAAAAAUUACACUAAAAUAAAAAGUAAAAUAAUAUUACUAAUUAAUUAAAAAUAAUUUUAAAAAAAAUCAUGAUUCUAAAUGAGAGACGCUAAGUAUGUAAAUCGAGACUAGAACGCUAUUUGUUUACUAUAAUAAUAAUUGUAGGUAGAUUUGCGCAACCUUUAGAGAUAUGAGAUCCAGAGAGGAAAAAUUAAUUGUGAAUGAAGAAAAAACAACGUUACAACAGUAUAUACUGACUAUAUAUAUUAUACAAAAACAUUAUGAACAUAUAUAAAUUACAUAAUAUUAAUUCAGUAACUAUUAUUUGAUUAUCAUACAUUAUCAUAUUACUAUUACAAUUAUUAUGAUUAUUAUUAUGAUUAUUAAUGUUAUUAAUAUCAGCAUUGCGAUUAGGACCGAUUUUAUUGUCAUUGUCAUCUUCAUCAUGAUUAUUAUUAUUACUACGAUCAUUAUCGAUAAGCAUUAUUAUAUUAUUUUAUUAUUAUAUGAUUAAUAUUAUCACCAUUAUUAUUAUUAUCAUUAUUGUAUGAGAUAAAACCAUGUACACGUUGUACCCGCGCGUAUAGACAACCCAAUAAAAGGGGAAGAAAACAGAAAACGAUUGGACCGCAUAGUGUUGCAAAUUCCAAAUAAAAAAAUAAUAAUAAAUAAAUUAAAAUAAAAAAAAAGAAAUGUUUUUUUAUUUUAUUUUUAACGAACUACAUUCGCUUCGCAACAAGAGUAUAAGAAUAAUUGAAAAAAAUAGGUUUCGUAAAAACGGGGGAAAAAAGGACGCCUCAGUUUUAGUGGGGCGCCUAGCGGCAAAAGGGUAGGCUUUAAAAUAAAUGCUGGUGCUGCGCUGUGAGUUUUUUGUAAAAGUGAAAACGAACUGAGAUAAGAAGGAGGAAAUAUGAAAAUAUAAUUAUUAAUGAUGAUCUGCUAGAAUGAUGAUGGGUUUAAAAAUAAUUGAAUGGAAAUUCUUAUGAGAAAAAAAAAAAUACAGAUAGCCUAAGUACCUGAACCCUACCCUGUAAACGCCGCUGUUGUAAUGGUAAAAAAUGUAUUAACUGUAUAGGCUGUAUCAUGUAUUUGCUUUUAAAUAAAUUUAAUAUAGAUUGUUAAAAACGCUACUACGAGUUGAGGGAAUGCCUCGAUUGGUGGAACACCACACGGAGAAUGAAAUGAACGAUGUGUAAUAAAACGUAAGAGCAAAUAAUGAAAGUGAAAAACAAUUAAUAAUCUAAGGAACUUGAACCUUGGUAUUACGACUAUUAUCAUUAUAAUUAAUAUUAUUCUUAUUAUUGAAUUGUUGUUUCAUCUCUGCGUGAAAGUGUCGCCGCCAAAUGGAGACAAUCUCUAGCCAAAAUAUACAUUUAUAAGUCAUACAUAUUUGCCGCAAUGUUGCAUAAUAAGUUAAAACGCGGAAUAAUCGAGUAAACGGAAAUGUGAAACAUGGUGGACUGACAAUGAGGCAACGUGUAAAACAUACCUAAUACUUUAUGAACAUUUUUGGAAAUAAUUAAUGCAAGAUACACAAAAACGGGCAGAUAGUGAAGGAUAGGAUGACGAAAAAAAUCAUUGAUUCGUUGCGCUUUAUAUAUUAAAUAUAUAUUAUCACGUAUAUACAAGUGACGUGUGACGUACAGACGUAAAUGAAGCAAAUACAGAUUCGCAGGCAUCUUGUCGUUAAAUUGUAAGAUAUUGUGUUCAGACUCCAGAAUGUACUCUGACCCCUUCCCCAGACUACUGUAUAUUAAAUAUAUUGUGCACUAUGCUCCAAAUUGUCCAUACAAAUAAAUAUAUCGAAAAAUCUCAA